GACACUCGGGAUAGGCGCCGACGGUCUGUCUCUCCUGUCCCACGCAACAGAUCUAGAGACCGGCGUCGCAGCAGAGAUAGACAUUCAGGGGACCGUCGGACCCGCCGCUAAUAGCAGAUCUGACACGGAUUACGGUGCUUGUAUGUGUCUGGUCAUUGUGCCUUUGUAUGCCAAAAAUGAUUUGCCCCUAUUGUUAAGGCAGCCCGCCAGUUUGAAACCAGUUUCGAGACACUCAGCUAGUGCCACCAUGGCUGUGUCGCGUGGCUGACUUAAAAGCCUACAUUUACCCAAUGAGCACUGGAACUCUGUCUUUCUUUUGGCCUCUCCCUGAUGGCUCACUCACACAAUGACUUCUACACUCCAGGCUCUGAUAUGCUCCUGCUCUCGAGUGACGAUGUCAAGUUCCCCGUUCACCGUUUCAUACUAGCGGCCGCUUCUCCAUUCUUUGAACACAUGUUUGAAUUGCCACAGCCGCCUGACAACCCUGUAAACGAGGAGCGUCGUCCUGUGGUCCCCGUGUUGGAGCCUAGCUCGACCAUUCACGUACUUCUGCGUUUUGUGUACCCCGUACCUCAUCCCACCAUUUCAUCCCUUGAUGAGCUCAGCACUAUUCUUGGAGUCGCGAUCAAAUACGACUUUCUUGGCGUCAUCUCCUCUCUUCGCAAGCAGCUCAUCUCCCCUUCAUUCUUGAGAGACGAUCCGGUGCGAGUGUUUGCAAUUGCGAGCCGGUACGACCUAGAGUACGAAGCUCAGGUCGCGUCACAGCACACACUCUCCAUCACCAUCCUGGACUGUCCAUUGUCGGAUGACCUCCGCUUCAUCACAGCUCACUCUUACCAUCGCCUCCUCGUCUUGCACAAGAAGCGCUCGGAGGAUGCCCGAGCGCUCCUCAAAAUCCCAGAAGACGUGAAGUGCUUGCAGUGCUCAGGGCCGUAUUAUGGGGCGUUUGUACCGCCAAAGUGGUGGAAGGAGUUUGAAAGAAUGGCAAAAGCAGAUCUGGUGGUGCGGCCAACCACAGACGUCAUCUUCAGCAUGCCAUUUCUUAAUCAGGCCGCGGAGGCAUCGGGAUGCGCGCGAUGUGCAGGUAGCAUUCUCAACUCCCAUCAAUUCUUGGCAGAUCUGAAGCAACAGAUCGACGACCUUCCUUCUACCAUAUGAUCAUUCCUCGUCACGACUAUCAUGACAUUUUUAUCAUACCAUCUAGGACUUCUUUGGAACGUUCUUGACAUGCGCCGUUCUACGUUAAUAUCCUUAUUCUACAAUCGCAGCAUAAACAUCGUCAUCACUCUUUCCGGCUUGUAUCUUCGAAUUCUU